AUGUCUAAGAACAGCAAGGUGGUGCGGGCACCCAAGCGACAGCGCGCAGACAAUGGCAAAGCGAAGCCCAAGGCCGGCGGAAAGAGAAGGAGCAGCGGUGGUACUCGAGGCGAGAAGGCCUACUGGGACAAGCUUGGGGCUGAAUUCGAGGUCAGCUCUGAGGAGGACAAGAAUGAGUGGUCCGACUCGGAUGAGGAAACGGAGGAGGUGCGCGGGGAUGGAGUGAAUUACAUGAAAAUCGCUGGCGAUGACGAGAAGCAAGAUGAACAGGACACAGCCUCAGCGAUUGUGCGACGAUGGAAGCAAGCCCAGCAGAAGCAGCAAUUCCCGAAUCUUGAAGAAGAAGUCAAGGCUGGCGAGAAGAGAAAGAUCGAGGCGGUCACUGCUGCAGAUGAAGAUGAAGAUGACGACGAUGAACUUCCAGAGACAGAUGAAUUCGAGAAUGUGAACGGAGAGCAGGACGGCGAAGAAGAGGCGAAAGCUGAGGGUGAAGGCCAGGAAGACGAUGACGAGGAGGAAAUGGAGGCCGAGGAGGUGCCGCGAGUGCGCAAGGGUCCGGGCAGUGUGUCGUUCGCCAUGGUGCUGGGCAAGCUCCUCUCACCCGAAGGCGAGGUCGCCCCUCAGGCCGAGGCGGAGGAGAAGGUGCAACCGGUGGCGGACCCCAUCUUGAAGAACUUCAAGAAGCGGACAAACAGAAAGCUCCUGGCUGAGAAGCGAAGGAAGCGCGAGGCCCGAGAGCUGGCGCUCAAGAAGAAGCUCCUCAAGGCGCGCGACCAUCGCAUCCCCACCGUGCUCAGCGAGCCCGGCGAGGUGCGCCUGCGCAAGCUGGCCACCAAGGGCGUGGUGCAACUCUUCAACGUGGUGCGGAAGCAGCAAAAGGAGAUGGCCAUGAACGACACGGAAGAACUCGAGAAGAGGAACCCGCUCAAGGCGGAGAAGCUGACGAAGACAAAGUUCCUGGAGCUACUGCAGAAGACGGGUGGAGCCAGGAAGGCCGGGGUCAAGAAGGAGGUCAAGAGCGAGGAGGCCGUCAAGCAGGAGGCCAAGCCGGCGUGGGACGUCCUCUCCGACGACUACAUGCUGGGCGCCUCCCUCAAGGACCUGCCCGACGAGGACGCCGACGAGUGA